CGCGAGAGCUAUGGCGGCUGCUAGGAGGAUGCGAGACGGUCUGAAUUUGGAGUCAUCAUUGGCUGAAGAUUGCGCGGUGGAGGAGGCUGUAUUGUGUUUGGUGCUAACUAACGCCGUAGAGGUGCAGGAUAGGACUGGGUGUAGCGUGGGGGUGGCUGUUUAUGGUCCAAGGUUCUCUUGGAUUAACCAUAGCUGCUCUCCCAAUUCUUCUUACUGGUUUUCAACAGUUCCCAGCUCAGGAGCUGCAUCAUCCGGGCUUAUACACCCCAAGCCCACAGAUGGUGAUAAUAGAAAUGGAAGUGAGCUGAUCAACACUAAAAUUAGUUUCAAAUUCUUAUCGUCACUAGGAAUUGAGGAAGGAUAUGGCCCCAGUUUAAUUAUUCGCAGCAUAAAGAAUAUUAAGCAAGGAGAGGAGCUGCUAAUAACAUACACAGACUUGUUACAACCUAAGGUAGUAAGGGGAUGAGACGAUUUGACCUGUGGUUAAAGUAUCGGUUCCUUUGCUGUUGCUAUAGAUGCAAUGCAGAUCCUAAGACGUAUGUGGAUCAUAUUUUGGAGGUGAUGAAAACAACUCUACCUUCACUUGGAGCUUGUCUGGUUAAGCUUAAAGUGUCUGAAGUGGCUGAUUGGCUGAAUUUGGUGAAGUUGUUGUUGUAAACUUGUAGUGGCUGAAUUCACUAAAUAUGAAGUUUCUUUCACCAGUCAUGGUUGUCCAACCUCGACCAUUACUAGCAACUUCUGUGGGGAUUUUAGUUUUACCAACAAGAAGUUGGUUGCACGGUUUGAUGAAGCUAUAGAUGAAUUCCUUGCAUCGGAUAACUCCAUAUCUUGUUGUUCUGAGCUAGAGAACCUGCUAACUCAUGGUUAUCCUACUGAAAUGACAUGUGAAACUCUCAAGCUUCACCCGCUUCACCAUCUUUCUUUAAAAGCCUAUACAACACUUGCCUCAGCCUAUAAAGCCUUAGCAAGUGACUUAUUGGCUUUCAACCCCAUGAGUGAGAAGGAUAAUUUGAAGGCGUUUAGUUUCAGCAAAGCCAGUGCUGCCUACUCCUUAUUAUUAGCUUGUUCGACCCAUCACUUGUUCCUCUUUGAGCCUUCCCUUAUAGUGUCUUAUGCAAAUUUUUGGACAAGUGCAGGUCAGUCCUUGCUUAGUCUUGUGGAAGGAUUUUCAUCAUUCUCAAGUCAAAGCUGUAAAAAGUGCACCCUUCAGAAACACAAUUUCAAUGUGGAACUUCCGGAAAUAAGUAGACAGUUCUUGAAUUGUGUCUCCGAUUUGAUACCAAAAGUUUGGCAUUUUCUUUCCGAGGAGGGUAGGUUUUUGGUUUUGGUCAAGGAUCCCAUUGAUUUAAGAUGGAUUGGAAGUAUGGGGUUUUCAAUAUUGGCUACAGAUAAUGCCAGCUCGGAAUUGAAAACGAAUGCUGAAACUGAAAGUGUGGAUUCUACUUGUAUGAAGACAUGUUUAUUUCAGGUUGGUUUUCAUUGCGUAAUAUAUGGAUCGUUGUUGUCAAGUCUAUGCUCCGGUCAACAAAUUACACCAUGAAUACAAGAAUGCAACAUGUCCGGGUUAGCUAUAAACGACAUAGUGCAGUUAAAUUUUCUACUUAAGUGAAAUAUUUAUGUGAUGAAAAAGCUUGUUUGGUAAGCUAAAAUUGUGAAGUUUAACCAAAUUAUGUAUUUCCAGUCCCUACUUUUAAAUCAUCCGUUACUCUGUUUAACCAAAUUA